GGCGCGCAGAAUGGCGGGAGACGGCGCGCGGCAGAGGGCGGGCAGUGGUGCGCGGAGAGGUGGAGGUGUGGAGCAGGCAGUGCAUGCCUGAGACAGAUUUGAAGAGCUCCAGGUGGGAGAAGCAUUUCCUAGCAUCCCUCAUCUCCACCUUUGGAUGCAAGUUACAGGGGACCACCUCCUCCUUGGCCUGGGCACUGCGGUCCUGACACAUCCAGCACGGCCAUGUUUGCUGAGCAGGCCGCCCAGAGGGCGCACACUCUGCUGUCCCCACCGUCAGCCAGCAACGCCACCUUUUCCCGGGUGCCUGUGGUGACAUACACCAACUUCUCGCAGCCCUUCCGGCUGGGGGAACGCAGCUUCAGCCGGCAGUAUGCCCACAUCUAUGCCACCCGCCUCAUCCAGAUGAGGCCUUUCCUGGUGAGCCGGGCCAAGCAGCGGUGGGGCAGCGGAGUCCGGGUAAAGAAGCUGUGUGAGCUGCAGCCUGGGGAGAAGUGCUGUGUGGUGGGGACCCUCUUCAAGGCCAUGCCGCUCCAGCCCUCCAUCCUGCGGGAGAUCAGUGAAGAGCACAACCUGCUCCCCCAGCCUCCUCGGAGUAAAUACAUCCACCCAGACGAUGAACUGAUAUUGGAAGAUGAAUUGCAACGGAUCAAACUGGAGGGCACCAUUGAUGUGUCAAAGCUGGUCACAGGGACAGUCUUGGCCGUGCUGGGCUCUACGGGAGAUGACGGGAAGUUCCUGGUGGAGGACCACUGCUUUGCCGGGCUUGCCCCUCAGAAGCCCCCGUGGCCCCUCGACACAGACAGGUUUGUGCUGCUGGUGUCCGGUCUGGGCUUGGGUGGAGGCGGUGGGGAGAGCCUGCUGGGCACCCAGCUGCUGGUGGAUGUGGUGACGGGGCAGCUUGGGGACGAAGGGGAGCAGUGCAGCGCAGCCCACGUCUCCCGGGUCAUCCUCGCGGGGAACCUCCUCAGCCACAACACCCAGAGCAGAGACUCCAUCAACAAGGCCAAGUACCUAACCAAGAAAACACAGGCAGCCAGCGUGGAGGCCGUCAAGAUGCUGGAUGAGAUCCUUCUGCAGCUGAGUGCCUCCGUGCCCGUGGACGUGAUGCCCGGCGAAUUUGACCCAACCAACUACACGCUCCCCCAGCAGCCCCUGCACCCCUGCAUGUUCCCACUGGCCACUGCCUACGCCACGCUCCAGCUGGUCACCAACCCCUACCAGGCCACCAUCGAUGGAAUCAGAUUCUUGGGGACAUCGGGGCAGAACGUGAGUGACAUUUUCCGGUACAGCAGCAUGGAGGAUCACUUGGAGAUCCUGGAGUGGACCCUGCAAGUCCGUCACAUCAGCCCCACGGCUCCUGACACCCUAGGUUGUUACCCUUUCUACAAAACGGACCCGUUCAUCUUUCUGGAGUGCCCUCAUGUCUACUUUUGUGGCAACACCCCCAGUUUUGGCUCCAAAAUCAUCCAAGGCCCUGAGGACCAGACAGUGUUGUUGGUGGCUGUCCCGGACUUCAGCACCACACAGACCGCCUGCCUUGUGAAUCUGCGCAGCCUGGCCUGCCAGCCCAUCAGCUUCUCCGGCUUCGGGGCAGAGGAAGAGGACCUGGGAGGCCUGGGUCUGGGCCCCUGACUCUCAAAGGCAGCCUUGUCCAGGGAGGCCCUGGCCAUCCCUUCCCUGUGGCGUCAGCACUGUGGCAGCUCUUGCUUUGUAAAUAAAGCCUGACUGUCUGCUGGU